GUCCAAAUUCCAGCAUGGGGGAGGACUUGCUGCUGAGCUGCCUGUGCUAAAACACAGAGUGCUGGCAGCAGAGCAGAAAGAGCAGACCAUGGCCAUGGGGCUGGACCAAUUUCAUGCGCAACUGUACACUGUGUCCUGUGGGAUCCUGCUACUCAUUUUCCACGGCCAAGCCCAGGACUCUGCCAGCCCCAUCCGGACCACACAUGUGGGACAAGUGAGAGGCAGCCUCAUCCAUGUGAAGGGCACUAACUUGAGGGUUCACACCUUCCUGGGAAUUCCCUUUGCCAAGCCACCUGUAGGAACACUGCGAUUUGCACCCCCUGAGGACCCUGAGCCCUGGAAUGGUGUGAGGAAUGCGAUCUCCUACCCUUCCAUGUGUCUGCAGGACAUCACUGCAAUGAAUACCCAGGCUCUGAAGUUAUUGAAUCUGACCAUGCCUCCCAUCCCUGUGUCUGAAGACUGCCUGUACCUCAACAUCUACACACCUGCGUAUGUCCAUGAAGGCUCAAACUUGCCUGUGAUGGUAUGGAUCCACGGUGGUGCACUAGUUAUAGGCACGGCCUCCAUGUAUGAUGGAUCCACACUGGCAGCUAUUGGCAACGUUGUGGUGGUCACUAUUCAGUACCGCCUUGGUGUCCUGGGCUUCUUCAGCACUGGAGACCAACAUGCCACUGGCAAUUGGGGCUACCUGGACCAAGUGGCUGCCCUACGCUGGGUACAGCAGAAUGUCGCCCACUUUGGAGGCAACCCUGACCGUGUCACCAUUUUUGGCACAUCAGCAGGUGGCACAAGUGUGUCCUCACAUGUUGUGUCCCCCAUGUCCCGAGGACUCUUCCAUGGUGCCAUCAUGGAGAGUGGGGUGGUUCUAUUGCCCAGCCUCAUCUCCAGUUCACCUAAGGUCAUCUCCACAGUGGUGGCCAACUUGUCUGCCUGUGGGGAAGUGGAUUCAGAGGCCCUGGUGAGGUGCCUGCGGGGAAAGAGUGAAGAGGAGAUACUGGCUGUUACUAAGGCCUUCAAGAUCAUCCCUGCUGUAGUGGAUGGAGCCUUCCUGCCCACGCACCCCCAAGAGCUGCUGGCCUCUGCUGAUUUUCAACCUGUCCCCAGCAUCAUUGGUGUCAACAAUGAUGAAUAUGGCUUUCUCAUUCCCUUGAUUGCGGCACCCACUGAUACACAAAAGGAAAUUGACAGAGAAACUGUGAGGAAUGCUCUGCAGAGAAGAUUAACACAAAUGAUGUUACCUGCUGGGUUUGGUGACCUAUUGAUGGAAGAAUACAUGAGUGACAAUGAGGACCCCCAGAUCCUCCGAGCCCAAUUCCAGGACAUGAUGGAGGACUUCAUAUUUGUGUUCCCUGCACUCCAAGUAGCACUUUUUCAAUGUUCCCAUGCCCCUGUUUACCUCUAUGAGUUCCAGCAUCGACCCAACUUUUUCAAAGAUAUCAAACCACCCCAUGUAAAGGCAGACCAUGGUGAUGAGACUCUCUUUGUCUUCAGAUCCUUUUUCUCAGACUAUCAAGUUGACCUCACUGAGGAGGAGGAGCUGCUCAGCAGUAGAAUGAUGAAGUAUUGGGCCAACUUUGCACGAAAUGGGAACCCCAAUGGUAAGGACCUACCCCAGUGGCCUGUGUUUGACCAUGAGGAGCUGUACCUGCAGCUGGACAUCCAGCCUGCUGUGGGCCGUGCCCUGAAGGCCUCCAGGAUGAAGUUCUGGAGGGAGAUCCUUCCACAGAAGAUCCAGGAGCUAAAGGAGGCUGAGGAAAAGCACACAGAGCUGUAAGCUCCUGUGUAAGAAGGGUUUUGAUAAGUCCCCCAGACUGAGUUUGAACUUGUGAUUCUGCUGCUUCAGCCUCCCAGAGUGCUGGAACUACAAGUGUGCACUACCAUACACAAAUCUCGGCUACUCUUAAUAAAGCUUUCCUGAAUAUUUCCAAACA